AUGUCCUCGAAGGACGAUAUCCUCAGUUUAGAUUCCGGAGCUCAAGAGCAACCCUUUGUGAGUGCCUGGCCAGAAAACCCCGUGGUGGAGUUUGGGAAUUCCUUGGUGCUAAACUGCAGCACUGGCUGCCGGAAUGUGCUCUCCGGCGGCCUGGAGACCAACCUGGAUAAGGAGAUCGCGGGAGAGGGACGGGCGUGGAAAGCUUUCCAGCUGGUCAACGUCAGCUCCUGGGAUCCGGCUCCUUCGUGCUACUUCGACUGUGCGGAUGCUGCGGACAUGAAGCCCCAUCGGGUGAACUUCACUGUUUAUCGACCUCCCACGGUUGUCAAGCUGGAUCUGGUGCCAGCGAUGGAAGUGGGAAAGGAGUAUACCUUGACCUGCCGGGUUUCCGACGUCGCCCCCAUCCGGAACCUGUCCGUCACCUUCCUCAAAGGCGGGGAGAAACUGCACCUGCAGACGUUUGAAAAGCACGCAGCGCGUGAAGCCGGCGAUGUUGUAGCGAGCCACACUGUAACUGCUGGGCAACAGGACAAUGGGGAGGAAAUCAGCUGCCGUGCGGCCCUGGACCUGAGGCCGGACGGGCCUCUCUUCGAAACCACCUCCCACAACCAAUCGUUGAAGGCUGUCGUUUUUCCAUCGGAUCCCCGCCUCAGCCUUCCGCGCUACGUGGAGGCGAACACCUCCGAGCUGGUGACCUGUGAAGUGACCGGGGUCUCCCCAGCUCAGGAGGCCCAGUUUGAACUGACCUUUGCAGAGGACAGACUGGUUCCCGAUGUGGAAGUGUGGGGGGAUACGGCAAGGGCCCAGGCUCAGGUCUCGCCCUCAGUAGCAGGGAACCACUCCCUGAAAUGCACCGUUUCUCUGGGCCCUGUGACCAGAACAGCGGAGGUCAAAGUAAACGUAUACAAUGGGCCCCAGAUGAAUGAAUCCAGCUGCCCCGGCACCGUGACCUGGAAGGCCGGCAGUGAGGAAACGUUCACCUGCUCAGCCUGGGGAAACCCGUCCCCAAAUGUCACGUGCCGCAAAGACGGGGUGCAUUACCCUCUCGGGGUACCGCAGCUCAUCACUGCGAACCACCGAGGCAGCUAUAACUGCAGCGCGUCCAAUGAAUACGGUUCUGUCGCUGCCGUUGUGACUGUCGGCGUCGAAGUUUACGAGGUCCCGGCCCUUCCAAUCAGCUUGGGGAUUCUGGCCGCGUUAGUUCUUGCUUCUAUAGCCGGCGUGGGCUAUUAUAUGUACCACAAAGCCUACAAGACGAAGGAGUACCAAGUGGCACAGAGGAAAGCGCAAGGGAAUCCCUCGGAGAAACAGUGCCUGAACGGCAAAGUACAGACUGACAGUAGUGUCUAAGCGGACGGAGCAUUUCUGGGAACUGGAGAGAACCCCGGCCCCGGGGCAGUGAGGUUAAAGCUGCCGUCGGGGUCCGUCACCCCACCUUGUUGCAGGGAGAAAACGGGAAAAAACUUCUCCCCACACCGGGCAGUGACACAGUCACUGGAUGGAGAGUGACAGAUCUUGCACUUUUGAGACGGGGAAACACAAGCGUUCACUACGAGAGGCGGAGGCCGAAGGGUCUUUGGGCCGGGCCUCUUUUUCUUAAGGACUUACUCUUCCCAUCGGGAGAGCUCCUCCUAAGUCUCCUGGGAGUCAAAAGGCUGAGUUCUCUGCGCACCGAACGGCCCAGAGCCAAUGUCCUAAAAGAGACCUGGCCGCGUGCAGCUGUUCGACGGGGGAAACGUCAGCAGGAGGCUGCCUUUGAAUGAGGAGAAGGAUGGCAGAGCGGCGGUUAUCAGGGAGCUCUUCGCUGAGCACCAGAGGAACCGGGCCAGAGCUCUCGGCCUUUGCAGCGUGACGUGCCCCCUUAGAUCCCUUCACUACUACUAGACUUGUGGGGUUUAUGUGAGGGCAACAAUACGGUCGCAGCCUUCACCCUGGAAGUGAUUUCUGUUUCCGGACCUGCUCAUGUUUCACGUGGCUGUCGGCCACCGGCCGGCAUCUAAAGUAACGUCCGGGCUCUUCCCGCUGCUGCAGGGGGCGGAUCCGUGUAAUGGGGCCGAGAAGGCAGAAUGCCUUGACAUUUCCUCGUAGACGAGCUCAGGGUUGUCUCGCUUUAAAAAAUCAUGCUAUGUGCUGUAUUUAUGGACUUCAAUCUGCAUAUCCGGAAACUGUUUCGAAGCAGACGGACGUCUGGACGCUGAGACCGAUUGGGGAGGGAAGGAACGGAAGAGGCGCCGUCACGCGCUGCGGUUGACGGCACCACACGGUUUUGAGGCACGGUUGGCACCUUUUAAAAGCCAGAUCAACUUCUUCUCCGCUGGCUACUUUUUUGGACUCCUUUGCAAUGUAACUCUAUGCCCCCUUUCCCUAUAUAAAACGUAAGACUCUCCCAUCUGUUAACACUGAGGAAGCUUACUUUAUUAUUUUAAAAACUGUAUUUUUAUAAAUAAAUCGCACAACUGAGCCAUCAGCUGGAUUUCACACAUUAUGCGGGGUGACCCCGAAUUUGCCCCCGAGACCCCGAUCCUACCCUUCUCUCUUGGAAACUAAGCAGGGUUGGCCCUGGUUAAUAUUUGGAAGGGAGACCACCAAGGAAGUCCAGGGUUGCUAUGCAGAGGACAACCGUUCAUCUGCUGUCUUGACCUAAAUGGCCCAGGCUGGCCCAGGCUAGCCCAGCCUCAUCCGCUCUCAGAAGCUAAGCAG